AUGGCGGCGGUGAGGUCGCUGACGUCAUUUCCGGUGUGUCAGAUCUCCUCCCUAGGCGGUUUCAUUGCCCUCACUGACGUCAUAUGUGAGCGCCGUGCAGACCGUGCUGAGCCGCUGGGAGCGGAGGGUGAGGCUCGGGGUUUCGGGGAUCAUUGUGUUUAUUGGGGUUAUUACUGGUUACAGGUCAGUGACCCCGCCCCCGGGAACAUCAUGUGACCUGGUAAUGCUGUCAAUCAUUAAUCAGUGAGCAGCAGGGAGGAUACAGUAUCAGUAAUGUAAUGCUGUCACUAAUCAGCUGAUUAAAUCAAUAACCAAAUCAAUACAUCAUAUAUAUAACAUGGAGAGAGAGAGAGAGUAACAUGGAGAGAGAGAGAGAGAGAGAGAGUAACAUGGAGAGAGAGAGAGAGUAACAUGGAGAGAGAGAGAGAGAGAGAGAGAGAGAGAGAGAGAGAGAGAGAGAGAGAGAGAGAGAGAGAGAGAGAGAGAGAGAGAGAGAGAGAGAGAGAGAGAGAGAGUGUAACAUGGAGAGAGAGAGAGAGUAACAUGGAGAGAGAGAGAGAGUAACAUGGAGAGAGAGAGAGAGUAACAUGGAGAGAGAGGGAGAGAGAAACAUGGAGAGAGAGGGAGAGUAAUAUGGAGAGUGAGAGAGUAACAUGGAGAGUGAGAGAUCAUUAAUCAGUGAGCAGCAGGGAGGAUACAGUAUCUGUAAUGUAAUGCUGUCACUAAUCAGCUGAUUAAACCAAUAACCAAAUCAAUACAUCAUAUAUAUAACAUGGAGAGAGAGAGAGUAACAUGGAGAGAGAGAGAGUGUAACAUGGAGAGAGAGUAACAUGGAGAGAGAGAGAGAGAGAGAGAGAGUGUAACAUGGAGAUAGAGAGAGAGAGAGUAACAUGGAGAGAGAGUAACAUGGAGAGAGAGAGAUAAUUAAUCAGUGAGCAGCAGGGAGGAUACAGUAUCAGUAAUGUAAUGCUGUCACUAAUCAGCUGAUUAAACCAAUAACCAAAUCAAUACAUCAUAUAUAUAACAUGGAGAGAGAGAGAGAGAGUAACAUGGAGAGAGAGAGAGAGAGAGUGAGUAACAUGGAGAGAGAGAGAGAGAGAGAGAGUAACAUGGAGAGAGAGAGAGAGAGUAACAUGGAGAGAGAGAGAGAGAGAAACAUGGAGAGAGAGAGAGAGAGUAACAUGGAGAGAGAGAGAGAGAGAGUAACAUGGAGAGAGAGAGAGAGAGUAACAUAGAGAGAGAGAGAGAUCAUUAAUCAGUGAGCAGCAGGGAGGAUACAGUAUCAGUAAUGUAAUGCUGUCACUAAUCAGCUGAUUAAACCAAUAACCAAAUCAAUACAUCAUAUAUAACAUGGAGAGAGAGAAACAUGGAGAGAGAGAGAGAGAGAAACAUGGAGAGAGAGAGAGAGAGAGAAACAUGGAGAGAGAGAGAGAGAGAAACAUGGAGAGAGAGAGAGAGAGAAACAUAUAUAUAUAGAGAGAGAGAAACAUAUAUAUAUAUAGAGAGAGAAACAUAUAGAGAGAGAGAGAGAGAGAGAGAGAAACAUAUAUAUAUAGAGAGAGAGAAACAUGGAGAGAGAGAGAGAGAGAGAGAAACAGGGGGGGAGAGAGAGAGAGAGAGAGAAAGAGAGAGAGAGAGAAAGAGGGAGAGAGAGAGAGAGAGAGAGAGAGAGAGAAACAUGGAGAGAGAGAGAGAGUAGCAUGGAGAGAGAGAGAGAGUAACAUGGAGAGAGAGAGUAACAUGGAGAGAGAGAGAGAGAGAGAGAGAUCAUUAAUCAGUGAGCAGCAGGGAGGAUACAGUAUCAGUAAUGUAAUGCUGUCACUAAUCAGCUGAUUAAACCAAUAACCAAAUCAAUACAUCAUAUAUAUAACAUGGAGAGAGAGAGAGAGAGAGAAUAACAUGGAGAGAGAGAGAGAGAGUGUAACAUGGAGGGAGAGAGAGAGAUCAUUAAUCAGUGAGCAGCUGAUUAAACCAAUAACCAAAUCAAUACAUCAUAUAUAUAACAUGGAGAGAGCGAGAGAAAGUAACAUGGAGAGAGAGAGUAACAUGGAGAGAGAGAGAGAUCAUUAAUCAGUGAGCAGCAGGGAGGAUACAGUAUCAGUAAUGUAAUGCUGUCACUAAUCAGCUGAUUAAACCAAUAACCAAAUCAAUACAUCAUAUAUAUAACAUGGAGAGAGAGAGUAACAUGGAGAGAGAGAGAGAGUGUGUAACAUGGAGAGAGAGAGAGUAACAUGGAGAGAGAGGGGGUAACAUGGAGAGAGAGAAAGAGAGCGAGCGAGAGUAACAUGGAGAGAGAGGAGGUAACUUGGAGAAAGAGAGAGAGCGAGAGUAACAUGGAGAGAGAGGGGGUAACAUGGAGAAAGAGAGAGAGCGAGAGUAACAUGGAGAGAGAGCGAGAGUAACAUGGAGAGAGAGGGGGUAACCUCUGGCCACCUCUACUUCUGCCAGAGUGCCGUAAGCUCUCGGAGCUGAGUCAUGUGGUACAGGUCUUGGCCCAUUGGCUGAGAGGAAUCAGCUGACACACUCAGUUAAUGAGUUAGCUCUGCAUUGUAGGACUUAGUUUAGGAAAGCUAACUCUGGAUUAAGUAGCGGAGGCAGAGAGCCACGCAUGGAGGAUAUCAGCACUUUCUCUCUGGGGAGGGCUGUGAUAGGGUUACAAUUUUAACAUGUGACUACUAAGUAUAGACAGACAAUUCUAGAAGUGACAAUUGUAAAAUGUCCUGUUAAAGUGAACUUAUUACAGACACGCAGGAGAUGGCCUUUAACCUUGUUACAAGAAAUGCAGGUUGUUUAAUGACCAUGGUAGUUGAGCGAAGCAUGUAACCUGUGCAGCUGUUCUAUGUUCCGAUGUAAUCUCUUGUUACGUAACUUUUGCAAUAAAUAUGUUUACCUGACUUUAAAUAAACUGUGUUAAUCCGAUUCAAAAAACUGUGUCUGUGUAUCACUGAGAGGCUGCUCCCCCCGAACGUUUGGCCCAAAGUUGGGGUGCACAGAUAAGUGGGCUUAGUAUUAUAGCAUCUGAUACAGGAAGAAAGGUUGACUCCAACAGAUAUACUGAGACAAAGUAGGGACUUCUUUGUGUCAGCAUUUUUCUCUGCUUGACAAAAGGUGACAUUCUUUGUCAAGCCAGUGAUGGCUGUAGGGGGUAAAAGGCUAUGAAUAUGAAGAAUCUUAUUGACUCGCAGGAUCCUCCAUAGACCUCAGUGCUGUACUCUUGAGCAUGCGCAAGAGCACAGUGUUGACGUCGGCAGUUGAUGCACCAGGAACUUGCCCACGAUGGUUACAGAACCCCCAGUAGAUGAUGUUACUGUUGGGGGUCUUUGCAAAUUAAACAGAGCAGCUUUUAAAAUGGGGGAAAAAACCCUCAAAAACCAAACAUUUACACGAAUUUCAUGAUGGAGAAUGCCUGACCACUAUAUUUAUAUCCAGUAGGUUAAUUCCUUUGAUUUAUGUCCCUCACACUGGGACCCAACAAGGUCACCAAUCUCUGCUGGCACUGGAGUCCAUUGUUUGGAGAUGGCAAGUCAUCCAGUGACUCCUAGACAAAAAACCUAUUAGAAGGUGGAAGGGAUUGAGAGAUCUGUAUCAAGUCUCAGAGAUGGACUACCAGCUGAACAGACCGGUAAGGGAUAUAUUCGCAAAAUACACUUCUAUUGUUUUAUCCUAUCUUCCUGUCUUUGUGAUGGGGAAGUAUAACUCAAGGAUAUGGUAGAGGGAGAGAAAAAAAAUAAUAUCUUUAUACGAUGGGGCACAAUUUAGUUUUUUGGGAUAAACAUUGCUAAUGAUCUCAAUCUGUUAGAAAAUCUUUUCUGAUUAUUUAUCUACAGAAUCCACCAUUGAAGUCUAUGGUAAUUUUCCUUUGAAAAGCUUAUCUGAAACAAUUAAAGGCUAUAAUUUGUAGUAGUUAUAGUUAAUGUCUGGCCAAUUAAUCCUGUUGUAGAUUGAUGAUCUGUAACAAUGACAUUUCUUAUUUAGGAUCAGUGUGAGUUUGAAGAGGUGGCCGUUUACUUCUCCGAGGAGGAGUGGGACUAUUUAAAUUAUGAAGAGAAGGAGCUUUACCGGGAUGUGAUGAUGGAGAAUUACCAGACCCUCAGCUCUCUGGGUAAGAAAACUUCACCCUAUUUAGAGGAAAUCUUUCUCAUAAGAACAUAUUCAUAUCUGGGACAAAUUGACAUUUCUUCACCUAUGUUCCUAACUCAUCGUAAUCAUAAUAAAUGUGUAUCUUUAAAUUCUAAUUGAUAAUAAUGUGUCCCGUUAAAUACAGGAAGGAUUCACAUGACGCCUUUGAUUAUAUCAGCGAUUGAGCGAGGGGAAGAGCCGUAUGUCAGGAGCCACCUGCGGGAUAGUCUUUUGAAUACUGGCCCAGGUUAGUAAUAAACAUGUAGGUGGUAUUAGGCUCCUUUAUGGAUCAGAGAUCUUGGCUUUUCUCUUUUCCAGGCUUCUCUACCUUCCUGAUCUCUGCAGGGGAGCUGAAUUAUUGUGAAGCUCUCCAUACAGCUCAGUGUGGUGAGAGUUUGCAGUGUUUAGUUACUCAUUAUGCCCCAGACAGACUCUGUUGUGCAUUGUUCCCAGGUUAAAGGGAGAGACUGUUCAUUGCAGCUGCUGUGAUUUGCAAAUAUUGUUUAGUUCUUGGCUAUCUGGUAUUGCUAAGAAAUUUUAAUUUUCAAUGAGAAAAAUGCAAUUCUUAAUGGGACAGUAAAGUCACCAAAACCACUACUGACAAAUCCCAGGCACAAGGGUGAAAUCUUUAGUCGACUUUGUGCUUUGGAUUUGUUGUGCCCUGGUUUAGUUAUUUAAUUUUUCCUUCUUUCUGCUACUCUGUGACAUCAUACACCCUGUUCCAAAUUAUUAUGCAAAUUAUAUUUUUCUCAUUUACCUAAAUAAUUGAUGUAAAUAACAGUCAGCAUAAUUCUCAUGUUAUCAACUAUUAAGAGUACAAUUCAAAUUUUAUUGAACAAACCUCUUAAUGAUAACAGUAUAUAUAUAUUUUUUUAAAACAUAAAAAACUUACAAUGCACUGUUCCAAAUUAUUACACAGAGGGAGUUUCAAAACACUUUAUAGCUUGUAAAAAACAGAAAAUUGUCAUUUUGUUGUGUUUGCAGCAUAUUUACUGAAAUCAAAAGCUAUUUCAAUCAAUCCCCUAGUCCUCCAAGCGUAAUGUGGUGGCCCAUCCGAGCGUCGCCGCCAAGCAAUUCCUUUCCUUCAGUCGUUAUAGAUCCCAAAGUAUGUUUUAGUAUUUAUAGCAGUGUAGCAGAUUCACCCAAGCACUAGCCGAGACUUAGGUAUACUAGGCUUAGUGUUGGGCAUUCGCUUUUGUCUGAAAUUCGGACGGGAAAUUAGGCUACUUGUUCAUUCGUCAGAAUGACAAAUGAACGAAUAGAAAUUAAAAAGAAUUAACGAAACUCAAAUUUCAAUUCGGCCUUUGUUCGUUUGUUUAGUUUAUUAAAGCUGCAGGUGGGGACCAUAAGUGGCAUGGAUCAGAUCAGAAUUUCAUUAAUUCGUAUAAAAUUCCCAACCGAAACUCGGUGAAUUCACCGGUGCCUUGUCUAAUUGACAGGACGUUCAGGAUUAGUGAAAGGAGGCUGUGGCGAAAGUAACCUCUCCACUGGUUUUUGGAGGAACCUGUUUGUCAGCCUCCUACCCUGGGACUAUGGGCCCUGUGAUAACCCAUGUUCAAAAGUACUGUUUCUGCCCCUUGGACUUUUAACUGGAACAGAUUCAAACAUGUGGCGGCGGCCAUCAUAAAUUGUCCAGCAGUGUUUUGUCGUCGAGUGUAUGGAACGGUUUUGGGCAUGGGACCAUGUGCACGCUGGGUCAGAAAAAGGACUUUCAGGAAUUCCCUGAAACCCUGCUCUGAUCUGGGUGAUUUUUGGAUAUGUUGUUCACCCAGAUCAGGGCUAUCUGGGGGUGUAAGAUAGGGAUAUGUUGUGUUUUGGGGGUUUUCUGUACUUUGGGCUAAAUGUGGAUUUUCUGCCUGGAGAUAAUUCAGUUUCUUACAGUACUUUAUUCAAUUAUCUCCCAGGCAGAGGGGAGGGAAUGUGUACUGUGUGUGGGAGUGUCAUUCCUUGUGCUAUUGUUUUGAUUGGUUUAUGUAUCUUGUAUUCCUGUGUCCCACAAGGUCCAGGGGGUGUGCCUCUGGCCUGAAACCACUCUAUAAAAGCAGCCUGUUCAAUAAACCCUCAGAUCUGCUGAGUUCCUGUUUUACCCUCAACAUAGAGCCUUGUCUCAUGUGUGGGGAGAAAGGCUACAUCUACCCUGGGGAUUGCUAUAUCACUAUAAUCAGGGAUUAUAAUCACUAAGCUCUUUUAAGAGCUUGUUCCUGCUACUCUCUCUUGGAGGAGAGGUUCAUCCAGUGGAACCUGAAACCUUGUCGUAGGUCCAGGGUGGGUAGAGGAGGGAGAGUUCUCAUCCAAGCUGUAUGUUGGGACUGGGGUGCUGAUGGUGUUUGGAGUCCUCGGUGAGCACUAGGAGCAUCUGUCGGCAGAGGUACCCAACCGGGGCACAGGAAACUCCGAUACAGAGGCAUUGCGAGAACAGGGAAGAGGGUGAGUAUUGUGGGAAAAUGUAUUUGAUCCACAGGACACGGUGCUGACUUAAGCUCUUCCUUUAGUCAAAGAAGGUCAAGCGUAGGAAAUAUACAUACGACAAAGUAGAUAAGAUGAGAGGAAGCGAAGAGGAAGCAAUAGGAGAAAUUUGGCCUUGAUUUAAUUAUUUUGGAUAUGCUUUUAAAAUCAAAACCUGUUAGAAAAACUUUGAAUCUGUGGAUAAAUAAUUCGAGAGGUUUUUCUAAAAGAUUGGGAUUAUUUGAAAAGUGUAUGCAAAAUAAUUAAAUCAAGGCCUUUGUGUUUGGGUUAAAAAAUCUUAGCAUAGGAUAUAUUUGAUACAUGUAAUACAUAUCUAGUAUAUAAAUAUGUUAAAUAUCAAUGGUGUCUAUUGCUGUCCAUACAUGAAAAUGUAUAGUAGUUUUUUUCUCUCCAUUUAUUCGUUCAUCCUCUAGUGAAAUGCUUUACACAGUAUAUACAGUAUCCCUUUUUUGCAAUAUUUCAGUUUCUUAAAUAUUUGUAAAAAUAAAAAUGCACGUUUUUUUUCUCCCAUACAGUAGCUAGGACAAAAAAAAGGCCAAAUACCCUGAUUGUAUGUAUAUGUAAGCCCAAUAGCAUUACUAGCAGUACAGUGUAUUAAAAUAGUGAUAUCAUGUGAAAACAAUGCUCGCACUAGCAUAGCUCCCAUAUACAGCAAAUACAGUUACAUUGUUUCUAAAAUAAAGGAAUUUUAAAAUGUUUUCUAACAAUCUCUGCAAUGCUAAUGUAAUGUUAAAGGACCCUAUUCACAUCUGACUGUAGGAAUGGUAUGACCUAUGAAGUUUCCUUUACUGUGUGGAAGGUGAGGGGUAAUUUUAUCACAUGACAGGAGGCUUCAUAUUUUGCAUAACUUUCUUUACUUUAUGCCUCCAGCCAGGGCCGGAUUAAGAGCACAGUGGGCCUGGUGCUGACAAUUAUGAUGGGCCUAAUUAAGGAAUCUUAUCGACCAAAAACACUAAAACAAUCAUACCUCCCAAGCGUCAUGUAUCUGAUGGAGAUGGUGCUGGAGGGAAACUCAUAGGAUGCAGCUAUAAGAAAACACAUACUCUAUGCUAAUUUAUCUCUAAUUUAUGCUUUCAUCUUUCAAGUAAAUCCAUAACCCCUAACAGCAGUGUCCAGUGAAGCAGGAAGUCAAUGGGCGGGGUAAAAGGGUGUGCCACUGGCGCAAAUCACGUGACAAGACCUGCCAAAAGGGGUGAACAUGCCCAAAAAGGGGGCAUGUUUGUCCAAAGAAUUGGAAGGUCAGCCUGGCAUGAAUGCCUGCCAAUCCUGCAGGCUGUCCAACUAAGGGCAUAUUAUGCAGGCAGCACCUUAAGCUUGACAUAAAUGCGUCUAAUGAUGCGCUUACUCCAUUCUUUCUAAGGACUGUCCCCUAGCACUGGCUGGUCCACUUGUCUCCUUACCGUCUUACUAGCAGGCAGAAGUUCCUGGUAUAGUCUGAGACAGAGAAAAGGUGUCUGUAGUGAGUGUAGAAGAAAGGGGACAUGUCACAGUGUUAGAGAGACCAAUGUCUGCAUUACCUAAAAUAACUUUAAUGUCAGCCAGUGCACACAAGUUUUGUUCCCAUACAUCCCUCUUAAGCUUCCAACUUAACGGGACACUAUAGUCACCAGAACAACUACAGCUUAUUGUAUUUGUUCUGGUAAGUAGAAUCAUUCCAUUCAGGCUUUUUGCAGUAAACACUGUAUUUUCAGAGAAAAUAACUCCACGGGCCGCUCCUUAGAUGGCUGCUAGAGGUGCUUCCUGGGGCAGUACUGCCUAGUGUGCAGCACUGCCAUUUAGUGUCUCCACCCUCUGCAUGCAGACACUAAACUUUCCUCAUAGAGAGGCAGUGAUCCAAUUUAUCUUUAUGAGGAGAUGCUGAUUGGCCAGGGCUAUGUUGGACUUGUGCUGGCUCUGCCCCUGAUCUGCCUAGUUGACAGUCUCAGCUAAUCCUAUGGGGAAGUAUUGUAAUUUGCUCAGACCACCACUUCUGAGCCAGCAGCUGCAGAAUUGAAUACAAGUAAUAUUUUACUAUAUUUAGGGAGGGACGAAGGGGCCAGGGUGGUGGUUUUAACAUAAUAGGGUAAGAAAUACAUGAUUGUGCUCCUGACACUAUAGUGCUCCUUUAGGCAAGAGUAUGUGAAGAGUAGUUAAAGUUGCCACCUUUCUUGGAAAAAAAUACCAGCCUUAAUCAUUUGUAUAAUUAAUUAGUUAUGCGUGUAAAUCACAAGGAGUGACAUCAGAGAAAAUUCUGUAAAAUCACCAACAAACUACUCACAGUUUGAUUCUGCUGUAUAGAUGGAUUGCUCCCAGUGUCUCCCUGUCUCCCAGUGUCUCAGUCUCGCAAGUCACCCAGUGUCUCAGUGUCCCUAUGUAUCACAGUGUCAGUGUCCCCAUGUCACCCAGUGUCUGUGUCCCCAUUUCUCCCAGUGUCCCAAUGUCACUAGGAUACUGGGGACACUGAGAGACAUGGGGACACUGGGAGACAUGGGGACACUGAGACAUUUAGGGAAACUGGGAGAAAUGGGGACACUGAGACACAGACACUGGGAGACAUGGGGACACUGAAACAUUUGGGGACUCUAAGACACUAGGGACACAGACAUGGGAACACAGACACUGGGAGACUAGGGGACACUGGGAGACUAGGGGACACUGGGAGACUAGGGGACACUGGCUGGGAGACAGACACUUAGGGACACUGGGAGACAUGGGGACAGUUGUGGACAUAGACAUGUGGACACUGGGACAUAUAGGGACACUGGGAGACAUGGGGACACCAGACACACUGAGACACUAAGAACACAGACACUGGGAGACAUGGAGACACUGAAACAUUUGGGAACACUAAGACACUAGGGACACAGACACUGGGAGACUAGGGGACACUGGGAGACUAGGGGAUACUGGGAGACUAGGGGACACUGGCUGGGAGACAGAUACUUGGGGAGACAUGGGGACAGUUGUGGACAUAGACAUGGGGACAUUGGGACACAUGGGGACACUAGUCACACUGAGAGUCUCGCAAGUCACCCAGGGACACUGAGACACUAGGGACACUGGCUGGGGGACAUAGUGUCUCCGUGUCCCAAUGUCUCCCAAUGUCCCUAUGUCUCACAGAGUCCCCAUGUGUCUCAGCAUCCCCAUGUAUCCCCUAGUGUCUCAGUGUCCCCAAGUGUCUGUGUCCCCAGGUCUCACAGUGUCUGUGUCCCCAUGUGUCCUAGUGUCUCCGUGUCCCCUAGUGUCUGUGUUCCCAUGUGUCCCCUAGUGUCUGUGUCCCCAUGUCCCCAAGUGUCUCAGUGUCCCUUAGUGUCUCAGUGUCCCUAUGUUUUCCAGUGUCCCCAAGUGUCUCAGUGUUCCCAGGUCUCCCAGUGUCUGUGUCCUAGUGUCUCAGUGUCCCCUUGUGUAUGUGUCAUCAUGUGUCCCCUAGUGUCUGUGUCCCCUAGUGUCUCAGUGUCCCCAUGUGUCCCUGCUGCCUUUCCCCCCAUCCCUCACUUACCUGAGCUGUACAGCUGCUGUCUGGACUCUCUGUGCUGUGUUGCUGCUCCCCCAUGGGUCAGUGAGUAGUAGAAAGAGGCAGGGAUAUUCUGUAACUUCCUAUCCCUGCCUCUCUCCACACCCCUACUGGCCAGUGCUGGUAUUGCAGAGUAAUUUCCAUUUGUUCUGAGAAAAUUACCUGCAUUUGUUCUGCCGGUAUUACUGCAAUACUGGCACAGCCAGGCAUCCUCAAAUACCAUCUGUGCCAUUAAAAUACCAGUCAGGUGGCAAACCUAAGAGUAGUGUGUAAAAAAAAAAAAAAAAAAAAUUAUUAUUUUUUUUUUUUAAAUGGGCCUAUUCCAUGGGCCUGGGCCUGGAGCUGCAGCUCCAUCAGCCCCUAUGUUAAUCCGGCCCUGCCUCCAGCAGCACAAGUCAAUCAAUAAACUUAAAAACAAUCAGUAACAGGCAUCACAUCCAUAUAUAAAGCCCUGGCAGACACAUGACUUCAUCUUUGGGUGCUGCUCCAGCCAAGGCACAGGUCAGAGUAUUUGCUCUAAACUGUUUUUUUUCAUUUAUAUUGCAAUUGUCAUUAUAUUUGGACAUUUAUGGUAUGGUAUUCAUCCCCUGUUACCCUUCUCCCUACUUUACCCUGAUUUUUUACUGUUGUUUUAUUAUAUUGUUAUUUGAUUUGUAAGUCUGCUGGCAUACAUAAUGCAUUCCACAAGCCGAUCGCGGUGCAGGCUCAAUUUGUGUAUACUUCAACCGUACGAACUGCAACCAGGGGAAUGCACCAAUCUCCCGAACGGGACCCGUACGGGUGCUCCAAACUCCCGAACUAUAAAUCGACGAUUUGUGGCUAACAGCCGAACCAAUAUAUUCUCCAAUCAGCUUACGUUUCCAGCAAUCAGUCGCUAACCACGUGUAAUAAAUCCCCCCCAAUAACGAGACCAAGCUCCGCAUUAAGGGUAAAACAAGAACUGGGUUUACUGUGGGCUACCCGCCUGUAUUUAUGCAGGUCUCCCACUUGGUGGACACUCCCCUAGGGGACCAACUGGGAGACUGUAAUUACAGACAGAUUUGUGGCACUUUAGGACAUAAGGGCACAAAAUAUUCCCACAAUGCAUCCUGGUUCCCUCCCCUCUGUCCUGGAGAUAAUUGAGAAGUAAUUCAAUUAUCUCACAGGACAGAGGCAAAUCGCCAUUUUAAAUGAAACACAGAAAACACACAAAAAUGAAUAAUUAUACAACUUCCGAAUAUAUUCAAUUCGUAUAACGUAUCCCCAGAUAGCCUGGAUCUGAGUGCAUAUUCCUACCGAAUAGCGCUCAGAUUCCCAUACGCACAGUUCAAUCGCCAUGAAGUCAAAGUUUCUUACAAGUCUUUCGGUAUGCGAUUGACUCCAUGGGAUGGCUAUCUGGGUUAAGUUCAUUUGUAUCCUCGAAACUCCUGAACGGCCCGGUGUUCGCAUGCCUCGACGAAUAAGAAGGGCGGUUGGUGGAUUCAGCGGUGUUCGGUAGAAAAAGUGUCCAUUUUUAGUUCCAUAGAAUCUGCACCGAACACCGCUGGUCUUUCGCCUGUUCUAAAAUGGCCGCCCCCUCGUGGUCGGCAUACAAACGACGACCACCCGGCAUUCGGUUAUAAUUAAGAGGUGUCUGCGGUUAACCACAAUGUUCUAAUUCGGAUCAAGAGGUUAAACAGCAGCACACUUCUCUUCUGGGUGGCCGUCCGUUCGGUAAGUUAAUUUGGUAAAAGUUCAAACAGACGAAUAGGGGUAUACGGACAGGCAAUUCCACGAAAGGAAGGCAAACUAGACGAACCAGCAAUAUUAGUCUUACAGAUGAAUCUGUCACAGUUUUUAUAUGUACAACUUCUGGACUUGCAUGGGUAUAAAUUAACCCUAAUGUGUGCAAAUAGUGUGACCCUUACACAGUCUGUUUGGAGGGAGAUAGAUUAGAGCGGUUAACUUGCCCAGCUCCCUACUCCCAACUAUUUGGAUACACUCCUUCUCCACAGGGAUACAUUGACCAGGAUACAGUGGUGGAUGCACAUAACGGAGUGGAUAACAGGGGUGACCCCCUUACGCUGGGUAACCCCGAUGCGUGGCAGUCAUCUGUCCUAGUGACAUCUUUGUACAAGGGUGACACCCCCCCUUACGCUGGGUGACCCCCAAGCGAGUCUGGCUCCUGUCCUAAGUGACAUACGAAUACUGGGGUGACCCCCCUGUGCUGGGUGACCCCCAAGCAAGUCUUACUCUGGUAGUAGUGACAUACAUAUAUAGGGGUGACCCCCCGCGCCCUAGUACGGGCUUAUAUCCACAGAGUGCGCUCUGUCACUGUAUGCACAGACCAAGGCGCACUAGAUGCAUGUAUAUCGGCAGCUCCAUGCUACAACUGGGGUGAUCCGUAUGCCCCUCCCUGAGCCGGGAAGGAGAGCUCACAGUGCUGCCAAAUUCCACAGUACUGUACCAUAUAAGGGUGAUCCCUUGGAUUAUACACGUGUACCACGCCUCCCAUACACGUGCUACGUCCCGGCAUUGCAGACCGCUCAGCCCGGUCUUAUCGAGGGUGACCCCCUCCUCGGACCACUCCUGGAUUUUACUAAGUGGUACUGAUUAAUUGAAAUUCUGGGUGACCCCUAGUUGUACGUGGAGGCCCACUGAGUUACAGUAAGUGUACUACUGUACCAGACACCUGUUCUGUCUCCCACAGACCGGAAGAGUGUGACCCAACAUGUCGGACUCCCCUCAAUCUCCCACGACCGAUUUCAGUCGAGGAUUAAUGCUGCCGUGGCAGCUUCAGUGGAAAAAAGUCCUCGCCAAAAUGCUGGCAAACAACCCAUCUGACAUGGCGGGUGCGACAGCCCCACCACCAAUGGAAGCUAGAGAUACCGACAACGUUAGGUCAGACACCUUAUAGUCUAAACGUCAUUUGAAGGGCUCCACCGCGGCUUCCCCGAAGGGGGAGGGAAGGCCCAGCUUAAGAGAAACCGUCACUCGGAAUGUCCUAACCAUUCACCUCUCAGGCUCCGUCAUAGGGGGACAAGGACUCCAUCCCUCAACCUUCUCUGGAGAUCAUGGAAGAAUGGAGAGCAGACGAGCCUCCCUCUGAAGAGGAAGAGUGUCAGGACCGGCCCCAAGAGGAGGGGAGCUACACUAAGGGCAGGGAACGUGCGGGGUGCCCUAGCAAGAAAGGCCUUAGAGAGGUGAAUAACGCUUCAUGUGAGGUCAGUGUCUUCUUUGACACACUGAGCACUCUCAUAUUCGACCCACGCACCAUCCGACAUCCAACGUCAUCAGAAUGGGGUUUACCGGAUCACCUGGCACACUUUGUCCACUUCUGACUCAGGAGGCCUAUGAAAAAGGAAGUUCGAGCCAAGCUCGGGGCGGAAUGCCCAUGCCCUCUAUUACUAAACAAGAUAACCCUCACCCUGGAGUUCAAUACCACGGUGGUGGUAUUUAUGUCCCGUUCAGGCCGGGAUCCACGGAAGGGUGUAGAAAUAGAGCUUAAAAAGGUUCAGGAUAAAAUGUUGGACAUGAUCGGUCACCUGGCAAAAUUUUAUAUUUUGCGGACCUGUCCCUCACCCAAGACUCACCUCUAGAAGCUCAUCGUGUGAGGGAAUGGGUGCAAAGGGCAAUAUGCAUGCUGGGGAGCUCAAAUGCAGCCAUGUGCACAGAACGGCGCAAAGCAGCCCUAUUAAAGAUGGAUUCCAAACUAUUGGAGUUAGGGAAGAAAGAGCUAGGCCCUCAGACGUACCGGCUAUUGUUUGGAGAGUCAUUUAUCGCAGAGCUCAAGAAACACGUGGGCCUGUAUACCACCCUGAACAAGACACAAUUUUCCAUCAGGCAGGUCUUCCGCAACCCUACACCGAGCCGGAUUUUUUUUCGUCAGGGCUGGUCGGCAGAGAUGUCGGGCCACCAGCCACUUCUGGUCCUCAGGCCCCAGACAUCAACCCACACCUCAACCCUUCUUCCCAUCCGCAAGAACCAUCUUUAACCAAUCAUUGUUAACAGGAGUAGUCCCAGAAGAUUGGAAGUUAGCGAAUGUUGUGCCCAUUUACAAGAAAGGUAAUAGGGAGGAGUCGGGCAACUAUAGGCCAGUAAGCCUUACUUCAGUAGUGGGGAAAGUGAUGGAAACCAUGUUAAAGGAUAGGAUUGAUGAACAUCUAAAAACACAUGGAUUUCAAGAUCAGAGACAACAUGGGUUUACUUCAGGGAGAUCAUGCCAAACUAAUCUUAUUGAUUUUUUUGAUUGGGUAACUAAAAUUAUAGAUCAGGGUGGUGCAGUAGACAUUGCUUACCUAGAUUUCAGUAAGGCUUUUGACACUGUUGCACAUAGAAGGCUUAUCAAUAAACUGCAAUCUUUAAGUUUGGAUUCCAAUAUUGUUGAAUGGGUAAGGCAGUGGCUGAGUGACAGGCAACAGAGGGUUGUAGUUAAUGGAAUAUAUUCGAAGCUUGGACUUGUCACCAGUGGGGUACCUCAGGGAUCUGUACUUGGACCCAUUCUCUUUAAUAUUUUUAUUAGUGAUAUUGCAGAAGGUCUUGAUGGUAAGGUAUGUCUUUUUGCUGAUGAUACUAAGAUAUGUAACAGGGUUGAUGUUCCAGGAGGGAUAAGCCAAAUGACAAAUGAUUUAGGUAAACUAGAAAAAUGGUCAGAAUUGUGGCAACUGACAUUUAAUGUGGAUAAGUGCAAGAUAAUGCAUCUUGGACGUAAAAACCCAAGGGCAGAGUACAGAAUAUUUGAUAGAGUCCUAACCUCAACAUAUGAGGAAAGGGAUUUAGGGGUGAUUAUUUCUGAUGACUUAAAGGUAGGCAGACAAUGUAAUAGAGCAGCAGGAAAUGCUAGCAGAAUGCUUGGUUGUAUAGGGAGAGGUAUUAGCAGUAGAAAGAGGGAAGUGCUCAUGCCAUUGUACAGAACACUGGUGAGACCUCACUUGGAGUAUUGUACACAGUACUGGAGACCGUAUCUUCAGAAGGGUUCAGAGAAGGGCUACUAAACUGGUUCAUGGAUUGCGGGAUAAAACUUACCAGGAAAGGUUAAAGGAUCUUAACAUGUAUAGCUUGGAGGAAAGACGAGACAGGGGGGAUAUGAUAGAAACAUUUAAAUAUAUAAAGGGAAUCAACACAGUAAAGGAGGAGACUAUAUUUAAAAGAAGAAAAACUACCACAACAAGAGGACAUAGUCUUAAAUUAGAGGGACAAAGGUUUAAAAUAAUAUCAGGAAGUAUUACUUUACUGAGAGGGUAGUGGAUGCAUGGAAUAGCCUUCCAGCUGAAGUGGUAGAGGUUAACACAGUAAAGGAGUUUAAGCAUGCGUGGGAUAGGCAUAAGGCUAUCCUAACUAUAAGAUAAGACUAGGGACUAAUGAAAGUAUUUAGAAAAUUGGGCAGACUAGAUGGGCCGAAUGGUUCUUAUCUGCCGUCACAUUCUAUGUUUCUAUGUUUGCAAGGAGAACCUUCUGCGCAAGGGGCGCUAGAGGCAGAGGUAUUGGAUGAUUCAAUUCAGGUGAGCAUGCCUCUCCCACUACUUUGUCAGAGAUAACCCCAGGCAGGUUGUCUCUCCUUCCACAGAACUGGAAAGCCAUCUCCACAGAUGCCUGGGUCCUCCAAAUGAUAAAGGGGUACGUGAUAGAAUUCACUAGUACCCCGGUAUAUGUCGUACGACCAACCCCACUACAGGCAGCGAAAGCCCACAUAUAGCUCAUAGACAAGGAAAUUCGAGACCCAUUCGCCAAAGGAGCCGUAGAGUUCGCUCCAGACAAUCAGGGCUAUUUCAGCAAUGUUUUUGUAGUAAGAAAGAAGACGGGAGACUAUCAUCAUCAACCUACGCCAACUCAAUGGAUUUGUGGCGUAACGGUACUUCAAGAUGGAAGCUAUCCAUCUCUUACGGGGUCUACUCCUUGAAAACGACUGGUUUGCGUGGUUGAAUUUGAAGGGCGCUUACCUAUUGGUUCCCAUGGCGCACAUAACUCGCUCCUUCCUUCGCUUCACUUGGCAGGAUCGACCUUGCCAGUUCACGUGUCUACCGUUCGGCCUCUGCUCGACCCCAUGGUGUCUCACGAAGCUUCUGAAGCCGUUCACGGCACACUUGAGAGCAAGGGGUAUGUGCUGUCUCAUAUACCUAGACGACUUGCUGAUUUUUUGCGGAUCCAAUUCCAGACUGCGGUCACAGACGAGAUUUAUAAUACAGUUUCGGGAACCGUUGGUAGUGAACAGAGAGAAGUCGGCUCGGUCCCCCUCCCGAGUGAUUAAGUUCCCCUGCUUUGGAAUAGAUCCCACCUCGUGUGUAUUACGCCUUCCCACAUCAUAGAUAGCGGCGAUUCAAAAGGAAAAUCGACAGGUACUCCGGAAAGGCACCACAACCCUUCGCCUACUAGAAAGGAUUGUUGGACUACUCUCAUCCUCUAUCCAAGCGAUUUUCCCGGGGCCGUUUCACAUACGAAAGCACACAUACGAACUUCGGAUCAGAGUAGCGAAGACAUUGAUGCUACUCAUCACACUGCUACGAAGGAGUCACGCUUGACACCCAGAAUUGUUGGAUCUGACUCAGGAUCACCCUCUGCUCCUUCCAGUUUUACCCUUCCUUCUGGCAGACCCGAAAGGAGAACCUCAUCCGUUGAUUAUGCAGGAGCGUCUGGAGUUGGUGGCUUGGAGUCUUUCAGGGGAGCCUGGAACGUCGAGGGACUAUCGCAACCAAUUAGAGACCUAUUAUGACACUCAUGGACACCAGGUAGUCAACGAAGUUACGUAUCUGCAUGGAACACCUGGAGUCGCUGGUGUAUGGGAAGGGACUGCGAUCCCUUUACUGCCCCUAUCUCCUCGGUGCUGAAUUUUUUAUCACCGCUUUUCAUUACGGGCUGAUCGUACCGUUCCAUUAACGUGAUACAUUCCACGAUUUCGGCGACGCAUGUUACGAUUCACGGCACUCCGGUCAGUCAGGAUCCUUUGAUAUGCUGCUUACUGCGGGAUAUCAAACUGUCCAGAACCCUGCGCCAAAGUAUAACCGUUUUUGGGAUGUUGAUUUGGUUCUUCGCUUCCUUUUGAGACUAGCCACCGUAACACGGACCUAUCUCUCCGUCAGCUGGCGGCCAAAGUCACGCUAUUUUUAUGUCUAGUGUCUUUUCGUCGGGUAUCAGAUGUACGGACGUUUGACGUGGACGGGUUUUCGGGUCUAUAUCAUACCCCUUUUUUUUUCGGCGGUUCCCCGUCUUUGUGUAGUUAAAGCGUUACUUCGUUACAUGGAGAUCACGACUCCCCUUAGAUCGUCACAUUCAGGACAGCUUCUGGUCUCUUAUACCAACCCUACAAGCCACUUCCCACGACCACUCUGUCUAGAUGGGUUCGUUGGUUAUCAUCGAUAGCUGGGGUGGAGACAUGUUUUAGUGCGCUUUCAGUACGAGGCGCGGCCGCUUCUCGGCCUUCACGGCGGGGGCCUCUCUAUCACAUAUUUUACAUGCGGCGGAUUGGACACGGAAAAACACCUUCCGUAUAUUUUAGUUUUGUCAAACCACACACACAUCCUUCUCGCUCAUACCACAGCGUUAAAAAUGCUAAAUUUGAAGCCUCCUGUCAUGUGAUAAAAUUGUACAUUAUGCUAAUGUAGUGUACCUAUAAUCUUAAUUUUAAUAAUAAGAAUUAAGAUUAUAGGUACACUACGUUAGCAUAAUCUACAAUUGUCAUUCUCAGGAUAUUUGAAGACCUUUAAAAGGUGGAAUGAAUUACUUGCAGAGAAAUGUGUUUCUGCAUAAGCUGGUACUCAUUCCUGAAAUUUAAAUUAAGGUAGGUGAGUCUUUAUGGACUAAUUAUGGACUUUAUGGACUAAAUUUAUAUUUUGAAAAGCAAAUGAAAGUGUAUACACAAUUUCAAAUGCAAGGUGUAAAGUGCAAACAUUCUUAUAUAACCCCUUAAUGACUGAGUCAUGACAUGUGUGGAGGUAGUGGUUAUUGUGUAGUGCGACUAACCUUUAUUACCAACCAAUUUUUACCCCCAAUAAAGACCUGAGACAUAGAUUGCGGUGUAAAACAGACCACAGCUUUUAUUUAUAAAUUCCAAAUAUAAAUAACCAAUAAAUAACAUUAUAACCAUAUCAACAUGAUAUAUACAUCUUUAAAUGCAAACUUGUCCUUGCCAAGCCAUUCCAUCACCAAGACCAGAGUACUCCACUGGGACCUACCCUCCCCCCUCGCCCCAAACACCACAUGGCCUCCAAUUAGGCCUUAACACCACCUGGCCUGCAACUUGGCCUUCACUUACCACCAUGCUAACCACUGGCUGACCUUUUGACUCAGUGGGCACGCCCAAAUGACAAACCUUUCCCAGAGGUUAGGGGAGGGACCCAGGCCAACUUUCCAUUUUCUCCCUGUACUCUUUCUCCAACCAGGCUUGGCAAGGACUAGACCCACCACUAGCCCCGCUGCUUUAACCCUAAAUCAACAGACGCGACCCCCAACCAAAGUCAUAGCCUGCUCCAAUGCAUCCUGCAGCGCCAAAUUAAGCCAGUCCAGGCCCACGUCCGUUGAGUGGACCCCAUCCGAGCGAAAAUAAAUCGCUCAAAUAUGCGGUGCUUAACUGCAAACCCCCCCAUCCCCACCACAAACUUGGAAACUCGCUUGUUCCCUUUAAUCCUGCAGCGUUCCAUAGCCCUCUGGUCGCGCGAACACACCUCCACUAAUUACGGGCCACCAUCUCUGACCAGACUACACAUACACCUGGAUAGCGCAAGCGCGCUAAGUCCUGCCUGAUCAAAUCCCCCAAACCCCAUGCAGGUAGUGCCCCCAAAUCAUUGCCCCCAAGAUGUUUGACUACAAUGUCCGGGGGCCCCAGUAAAGGGGACAGCUGCAUGAGUUCCAGUAAAAGCUGUCCCCACCGCAUGCCCCGGAUACCAAACCAGCGAACAUCCGCCACUUCCACAGCAAGGCCAAGACGGGUCCCUCCAGGUCGUACCCCCUCCCUCAGAUGGGCCCAAUACACUUAUGAAUGGGCGAUAAACCAGUCUCUUGGACCCUGUGGAGAAAACGCAGGGGGAAAAGCAAUCAGCCUGGUGGGACGUACAUAGGACCUAAACCUCCCAGAUUUCCACCUACCAAUCCUCUGAAUAACCUGUUCCGAAAACCCUAAGUGGGAAGCCUCCGUCGCUGCCCCAAUCGAAAAGAGUGACCCCCAAAUUCCUUACCAAAAUUCCUUACCCGGGAUCCCCAAGUAGUUAAAUGCCUUCCGAGAGACCCCAAUGAACUGGAAGGGCCCGGGACCUGCGGGCGGACCGACCUGUACGCCCUGAAGCAUGAAACGGGCCAACCCCGCAUAGCCAAGGCAACUAGGUAGUCCUCUGUAACGUCAGGUACCCUGGCAAGCUUGAACCAGAAGCUAAGCCCCAACAGUUUUCCCGAAACCACGUGGCUGCCGAAACCGACGAUUGGAUCCAACUACUCACUCUCGUAGCCCAAGGGACCACAGCUCCUUCAGACAAGGGACACCCUCCAUGUCCGCUUCCGGGGCCUCCAACCAAAACGCCUGCCACUGCGAACGAGAGAGAGCAUCCGCUAUAACAUUUUUAACUCCUGGAAUGUACACCGCUCGACAAGACAUGUUUGAGGACGGGCAGCGCAAUACCAAUAUCCUCAAAAGUCGCACCACUGGAGGAGAAGAGCCCGUCAGGUUGUUAAUGGCCAAUACCACCUCCAGAUUGACACAAUGGAAUACAACCCGCUGAUCCCUAAGAACCGACCCCAACAGAUCCACUGCCAUCACAAUCGGGAACAGUUCAAGGGACGCCAGGUUCUUUGUCAGACUUGCAGAAUGCCAUGCUGCCAGCCAGGACUCCGCACACCACUGUGUGCCAAGAAUGGCCCCAAAACCCACAGACCCUGCUGCAUCUGUAAACAGGUGGAGCACCGAGAUAGGAACCUCCGGCUGCUGCCAGGAGGACUGACCAUUAUAACCGGCAAGGAAAGCAUCCCACAUUGUCAGAUCUUCCCGAAACGCCCGAGUAAUGUGCACAAAAUGGUUAGGCCUAGUAAUCCCCGCAGUAGCCACCGCCAAACAGCGAUUGAAAACCCUGCCCAUGGGCAUAACCCGGCACGCAAAAUUCAGCUUGCCCAGGAGUGAUUGCAGUGCCAAGAGCGUCACUUUUUUCUGAUCCUUAGUCUCCAUAACUGCCCUGCGCAUAUCCUGCACCUUCUCUAAUGGCAGACGGCACUCCCCAUGUACUGAGUCAAUCUCGAUUCUGUGGAAACUCAAGAGAGUCGUGGGGCCCAUCGUUUUGUCGGGGGACAAGGGAACCCCAAAGGAAUAGGCCACGUCUGCCACAGUCUGCAAGACCUGGGAACACACCGGUGACCUGGCUGGCCCAACGCACAGGAAAUCAUCAAGGUAGUGAAGGACAGAGCCAUGGCCCGACUCCACUCUCACCACCCAUUCCAGAAAGGAACUAAAACAUUCGAAGUAGAAGCAUGAAAUAGCGCAACCCAUCGGAAGGCACAUAUCCACAUAGCUUACAGCAGCAGUAGCUUAGUAUCCAACAGCUUAAACUACAAAGUAAAAUCAAAGAGAACGUUACCUGCGCUCUGGCCUAAAUCCCCAUGCAUUUGAAUAUAUAAGCUCAUCUGCCACGUCAAGGCAAGCCUCAAUAGGUGAGUUCCUACACUAGCCAUUAGAUAUACUGAUAUCAGCCAAGAAUCUCCAGUAAGACAGGAAGGGGUAUUUUAUAAACCCUUUCACAUUUAACCCUUUAUAGGGCUUCUAAACAUACAAUAAACUUUGCUGGUAUCAGACAAAGUGUAAACAUCUUUAAUGAGACAGGAAGGGGUAUUUUAUAAACCCUUAUGGGUUGCCAUACUCACCGCCAGUCAUAGGAAAUGUAGGUAACAGAGGAACCAGGCCAGGCAGACCUGGCUCAGCGGGAACCGCAAGCGCGGUAAGGCCCGUGCCAACCGAGGCAUAAGGGGGCCGGGCGGGAAGCUGAGCAGCCAUAACCAGUGAAGACAGCGGAGGUGAGAUCCCAGCCCACCCCAGCAGCCACCAGCCCAUCCCCCGGAGAGCUUGAAAAAGACCCAAGGGGCACAGGCCCAGGGGAGGCAGAGGGGUAGGAAAGAGGGGAAGGAGGGGGGCUGUCCGAUCAACUAGCCACACCGGAUGCCAAACCUUGCCCCCCUCCAACCCACCCGACCCAGAGGAGACUUUCCUGCCGACCUGCGGCCUACUCACCGUCCCAUUGGACUGACUGACUGAAGAAGCCGGGGCUGGGGAUUGCCCCUCCGGAAUCAUCCGCUGUGGCCGCAAAGGCCACUGUCCCAACAUCGCUCCGGCGGAAGCGAUCCUCCGCACGGCCCGCGAUGUCCUGGCAGUAAGCCCCUCGUGGCAGCAAUGCGGGGGCUGGUGCAACAGGAGCAGACAAGGCCAUCAUACCCCUGCUCACGGCCGCAAUCCGCCAGGCCUGUGAGCCUGCUAAAGGGGUUGUCUACCUCCCCAAGGUUCCCGGUGCACCCGUGGAGGCUGGGUUACUCCGCAUAGCCGAUCCGCGGCUGGCGCCCGCAUGGCAGUAGGCCCGCGAGCCUGAAACAGGGCUCCUGCUCCUCCCCCGGACCAGAGUCACAUUCGAGUGGUCGAAAUGGGCUGGAGGCCGUGCUCGACGACGCAGGUGCCGGCCACCGUCUUGGAGGGCCUCAGCCCUGAAGGCAGCGAGGAUACCAUCAAUGUCCAUGCCGUGGCUGUGUGACAAGUUCUAGUAACCAAACUAGCAACGAGGAACCUGAGGAAGCUGUUACCAAACCGUUAUUUUUAAGAUGGCUGAAGCUAGGAGACAAAAUGACUGCCUAUUUAUAUAUUCCAGCCCCUUAAUUAAUUUCUCUACCACACCCAUUUUUACACCUACACUCACCACACCCACACAUGCCUCUUAUCCGGCUAGCUUUCAGCCUGUCUCCUCCAGAUCUAAAUGUAAACAAACCCGGAAUAUGCGCUAUAUGUUCAACCAUAAUCCAUCUUAGCCCACGCUUAUAAUAUAUCAUUAUGUUCAGGAGUAACAUGGCUUUCAUUUCAUAUCGAAUAUUUAUAUACGAAACAUAAUUUAAUAUUAAAAAAGAACAAAAAAGGCAUAAAAUGCUAAAUUUCUUAUUUAACCCCUUAGAGACCAAGCCUAAUUUGUUUGUUUUUCACUUGUGGACCAAUGCAAUCUUUGCUCUCUGUGUAUUCAAUAGCAAUUUCCACCUUUCCCAUUUACUGCACCAACGCGUAUUAUAUACCAUUUUUAACGAUAAAAAAGGCUUUCAUUUGAAGGGACAUAUACCUACAGUUCUCACACAAGUGAGUACACCCCUCACAUUUUUGUAAAUAUUUUAUUAUAUCUUUUCAUGUGAGAACACUGGAGAAGUGACACUCUGCUACAAUGUAAAGUAGUAAGUGUACAGCCUGUAUAACAGGGUAAAUGUACUGUCCCCUCAAAAUAACUCAACACAGCCAUUAAUGGCUAAACCGUUGGCAACAAAAGUGAAUACUUUGCUCACUAUGGAGAUAUAAAUCCCAAUUGAAAGAUCUGCAUGCCGAACUCACUCUGUUUGCAGCUCACCUGUCACUAAAAAUGGCCCCAGCUGACAGAGGAGACACGGUUAUCUAUUGAUACCUGGGUUUCCUGGUGUGAGCAAGGAUUUAACACCUUAUUGUAACAAUGGGGAGUUAAAUCUCUGAUCGCAGCGCUCACGUUGAGCUCUGCAAACCGAGCAUAGAUCCGCCUGGGACCAUUUAUUCUGGCUUGAGUUGAUAGAAAGGACACCCAGCUAUCAAAAGAUACCUGGGGUUCCAUGGUACCAGCAGGGAUUUAAUUUAACUCCUGCCGGUACUUUUACUGCAUGAUGGUCUAUGCUGUCAUUGUGCGUUAAAACCAUACACUGCAUAGACUGUCAUGUGGUCCUUAAGUAGUUAUGGUCCUUUGCAAUCACCGUGAUGCUUUAUAGUCAAAUUUCUGAUCUUUCAUGAAAAUAUUUUGGUAAAAAAAUAAUUUCUAGUGACAGAUUUUCUUUAACUCCAAGUACAUUACAUUUCUUGCAGGUGGUUCCGAAAGCAGAAGUUAUCCUGAAGGACAGGACAAGAACAAAAGUGCACUAAGCAAUACUCUGAAUAAAUUUUGUAAUAAAAGGACCAAGGAAUUCAUUCCUCAAAAGUCAAACAAUCGCUCAGAACCAUGUACAACGUCAAGUGAGAUAGUAAACAGAAACCCAAAACAUUUCCCAUGUUCUGAAUGGUGGAAAUGUUUUCACUGUUCAGAAUUUGUUGUCCACACAGGAGAAAUGCCAUUCUCUUCUUUUCCAUGUAACUCCUAUCUUGCAAAACCGAGAACUCACACAGGAAAGAAAGCAUUCUCAUGUCCUGAUUGUGGGAAAAGCUACAGCCAAAACUCAAGUCUUACUAUACAUCGAAGAACUCACUCAGGAGAGAAACCAUACUUAUGUUCUAUAUGUGAGAAAUGUUUUGUCAAUAAAUCAGAACUUGUGAAACAUCAGAAAACUCACACAGGAGAGAAGCCUUUCUCGUGUUCUGAAUGUGGGAAAUGUUCUGUCAGUAAAUCAGAUCUUGUGAAACAUCAGAGAACUCACACAGGAGAGAAACCUUUCUCAUGUUCUGAAUGUGGGAAAUGCUUUAGCCGGCACACACACCUUAUUGAGCAUAAUAGAACUCACACAGGAGAAAAGCCUUUCUCAUGUUCUGAAUGUGGGAAAAGGUUUAUCAGUAAAUCAAAUCUUAUGAAACAUCACAGAACUCACACAGGGGAAAACCCUUUUUCGUGUUCUGAAUGUGGGAAACCUUUUCCCAGUAAAGCUGAGCUUGUGAAACAUCAGAGAACUCACACAGGAGAGAAAGCAUUCUCAUGUCCUGAUUGUGGGAAAUGCUACAGCCACAACUCAAGUCUUACUAUACAUCGAAGAACUCACUCAGGAGAGAGACCGUACUUAUGUUCUAUGUGUGAGAAAUGUUUUGUCAGUAAAUCAGAACUUGUGAGACAUCAGAGUACUCAUACAGGAGAGAAGCCUUUCUCAUGUUCUGAAUGUGGGAAAUGCUUUAGCCGGCACUCAAACCUUGUUGUGCAUAAUAGAACUCACACAGGAGAAAAGCCUUUCUCAUGUUCUGAAUGUGGGAAAUGCUUUAGCCGGCACUCAAACCUUGUUAUGCAUAAUAGAACUCACACAGGAGAAAAGCCUUUCUCAUGUUCUGAAUGUGGGAAAAGUUUUGUCAGUAAAUCAGAUCUUAUGAAACAUCAGAGAACUCACACAGGAGAGAAGCCUUUCUCGUGUUCUGAAUGUGGGAAAUGUUUUAAACGUCAAUCACACCUUAUUGUGCAUGAAAGAACUCAUACAGGUGAAAAGCCUUUCCCUUGUUCUGAAUGUGGGAAAAAGUUUAGCAUUCACUCACAUCUUGUUAGACAUCGCAGAACUCACACAGGAGAAAAGCCUUUUUCGUGUUCUGAAUGUGGGAAACAUUUUCCCAGAAAAGCAGAGCUUGUGAUACUUCAGAGAACUCACACAGGAGAGAAAGCGUUCUCAUGUUAUAAAUGUGGGAAAAGUUAUCCCAGUAAAUCCGAGCUUGUGAAACAUCAGAUAAGUCACACAGGAGAAAAAUCUUUUUCAUGUUCUUAA